AAUCGGCCCGUCAAAAAUCGAUGACAGUCUUGUUUUUGUUUUGGUUUUUCAAGAAAUUCGCAUAAAAAUGAACUCGAGCUUUCAGGACCUGUACAAGAAGGGUCUGGACAUGGGCGAGCAGCAGAAGCAGCGCCAGAGGGACCUGCUGAAGCAGCAGAAGCUGCGCCGCCAGCAGGAGCAGGAUGACUCCCGCCCGCUGCAAAAAGCCGGCGAGCAGAAGCCGCCAAAGAAGAAGAAGCACUGGAAACGUGCUGGCCACCAAAAGGGAAUCCCCUACAGACCGCAGCUUUCCGAGUGGCUGCGCCACAAGCCCGAGGAUCUGGGCGAGUGGCUGCUUGUGCCAUGUCCCGUGGGCAAGCGAUGCCUCGUGGUGGCCAGCAGGGGCAUCACAAAAGCGUACGCCAAAGGCGGCUGGAUGUUCAUGGAUCUGCGAUCCUCGCUGCCCGGCGACUGGCAGCACCAAAAGUGUCAGACAAUCCUGGACUGCGUUUAUGUGGCGGAUGCGGACACCUUCUAUGUCCUGGACGCCAUCUCGUUUGGCCAGCAGGACCUGCAGCAGUGCGAGGCAUCCUUCCGUUUCUAUUGGCUGCGCGCCCGCUUCGAGGAGAACGACUUCGCCAAGAUGGGCGAGCACAACGAGAAGCCCUUCGUGCUCCUCGAUCACUACGACUUCGAGGACACCUCCGCCCUGGAGCAGCUCCUGCACAAGUACCCGAUUUUCCCCGAGAAUAAGCCCGCAUUGGAUGGCUUUCUGUUUUACCACAAGGAAGCGAGCUAUGUGUGCCAAGUGACUCCCUUGGUUUGCUGGCUGUUUCCCUUUAUGAUGCAGGACAUUCUGGGAUUGCCCGUGAGUGGGAGCUAUGCCACUCCCGAGGAUUACCAGCCCGGCCAGGCUCUGCAGUACAUGGAUGAGUUUGACCGCAAACUGGAGGAGCACAGGAAGCAACUGAAGGAGCAGAAAAGGGUUGUAAAAGCUAGGGAGCAGCCUGACAACACCAUGGAGGCGGAGGAGGCGGAGGACAGCGAUGAGUAUGCCAGCCUAAAGGGCGUCCUCGAUCAUCAGAGGCGCCUGGAGCUGGGUGAAUUCGACAUGGACUGCGCGGAGUCGCCAGCAGCAGCUGAUGGCUGUUAGGCGGUGUG